AUGCUCUGGCCGCCAAGUGCCCCCCUUCAGCUCAUGCAUAUCAUGACCAUGUCGCACGGAGCCUUCAUCGUCACUCUUUCCUGCCUUUUUACCCUUGUGUUCCUGCCGGACCUCAUUUCCCGAACAACACCCGACUCCACGAUUCUCCGCUGGAUUGUAUGGAGCAGAGACGCAUUAACGCAGGCUGGGGCGGCCUUUUCCUUCUGUGUCGCCAUCGGAAUGGCGGUAGCCAUUGUCAAGGACGGGCUUGUUGUUGUCCUUCACAUCCGGGACAUGUGGCAACCUCCGAUGUAUUUCGCGGCGCAUAGUGGUGUGCCACCUUUGGUGGAAGACGAAGCGCCGAACACUACAAGCGAGUCUCCCCCUCGGCACCGGUGGUCAGCUUUCGAGCGUGGCCUCAGCGCCACCGAUGUUGUCAACAAACUGAUGAUUCUCUUCGUCGCCUCCGCGCUAGUCUGGUAUGAGCUUCUUCGCCUGAAGCUCGUAUCCCCUGAGGCGCCGCUUCGCAUCCACGGGUUCACCGCAUUUCUCGUCCGUGGGACCUUAUACGGUGUGGUCUUGGGCGUGGCCUUGGUGCUAUCAAGCUAUUCCAUCGCGUGGUUAUGGUGGAAGAGCAGGGAAGUCGAUAACGAUGAUGGAGAGGCACCGGUGGAAGUGGAGGUGCUCGAAAUCGAACGCGAUGGGAAGAUCCGCGCUCCGUUGAAGUUGGAAACGGUUUAA